CACCCGGAAAUAUCCGGAAGUAAACGGAUGCCAGUGGUCACCCACUAGCGGCAUUCCAGUGUGCGUGUGUGUAUGUGUGCACGUGUGUGUGUGUGUGUGUAGGCGUGUAUGGUUUCCGCGUUAACUACCACAACACCCUCGCUCGGUAACUGUGUCCGUGAAGGCGGAAGUCGGUGGAGUGCGUGAAAGCGAAUCCAGCGGAUUAAAGGAUAUCAAUUGACCCAGGAAAGGGCCCGGGGGUGGAGGGGCUCGUUUAGACCGUGUUCGUAUGUGCGCCUGUGUGUGUGUGUUUGGAAAAUGGCAACGUGGUGAUAAAGAUUUUACGACGCAUCGGAAUUUGUUGCCCUGGAGUGGUUUAUUAAUCCGGAAUCCGCACUUAUUAGGCCGGAAUCGUCGAGAAGGAAGAGGAGGCUGCGGUUGUGUGCGACGUUGAUGGUGGUGGAUGGCUGCGGCAGAAUCACGAUCUAAUCACAUUCACGCCCCCGGUCGAUGAUUUUACGAAAAGCGCCCCGCAAGCACCGAACGUGGAAAACCGUCUCGCGGCCCCACGAGCCUUCGACCGCACUCUCCCCACCACCGGUUGUUGCUGAAUAAUGAAAACGAGCUACGCUCCAUUGGGACGCCAUAGCACUGUCUAAGCAGCAGCAGCAACACUACGCGUCUCCAGCGGAUCUCUUCUCGACGGCGUCGAGCGUCAAACCACAUCGCAACGAUCGAUCUACAAACCGGCAAACGGUCGCGUCACUCCCCAGAGAGGGUGGGUUGGACCAGGCCCCUGACCGUCAAAUGAAAGGACCACACCUCAGCAUCCGCCCCAAGAACCAACCACUCCGUACAGUAGAAGCCGAUACAAUAACAAGCUUGUACGAUUAAUCGGCUGUUUGUGGUCGAUUGCUUUCUCACUGGCCUUGUGUAUGUGACUCUGUGUGUGUGUGUGUGCGUGUGUGUGCGAGUGUAUGUAUCGACAACGGUGACUACUGAUCGUACGAAGCAGCCGAAAACGAAAAGUGCCAAGCAUCAGCACCUUGUGCAGCACGCCUGCAGCCUCUGGCCCUCGGGAAUCACUCCCACAAAAACAGGCUUCGUUCGUGGUUCCACCGUGGUUCCGUCCGGUUGUUCCGGCAGUCCGCGGAACGCUCUCCUUGCCGCUUCGACUUCACAGCCGCCGAGAAGUCGCGAGAUUCUGUUGCUCACCAGACAGGCAGCCAUUGCCGGUUGCCUUGGCCACCGCAGCCAACAUCAACAACAGCAACAACAAAAAAAAAGAAACAAAAAACAACAGAUACAGCCCUCACCAACACCACCAGCAGCAGCACCUUUGUGCCGAAAGUCAGGAAAUGUGGCUCCCAGCGGUAAUGGAUUUACGACUCCCAAUUCUCUGUUUGCUGAUAGUGGCAGAAAUCUCCCACGGAUUGCGGAACGUACGCGUCACGGUACCGACGGCGAUACGAAGGGGGGACACCGCCCACCUGUACUGCGACUAUGAGCUGGAGGAUAAGGAGCGGCUCUACUCCAUCAAAUGGUACAAAGGCAAACGCGAGUUUUACCGCUACACGCCCCAGGAAACCCCCUCGAUGAAGGUGUUCAACAACGUCAACGGUGUAGAUGUCGAGCUUGCCUUAUCGAACAAAAGUAACGUCGUGAUUAAGGCCGUCGAAACGAACAUUUCCGGCAAAUACAGCUGCGAGGUAUCGGCGGAUGCCCCCAGCUUCCACACGUCGAUCGUGUCGGGCGAUAUGGAGGUUGUAGAACCACCACCGGGCAAACCAUCAAUAAGCGGACUGCUGAACCGCUACCAGCUGGGCGACAUCCUGCGUGGCAACUGCACGGCGAUUAAUUCUAAGCCGGCAGCAAAUCUGACGUGGACGAUUAAUGACGUACCGAUUGUGCCACAAUACAUCAAACAGUACCGACCCAUCAAGGACACCUACACGGGUUUGGAAACAUCGAUCCUGGGCAUCAACAUGCUCGUCUCCCAGGGAUACUUUGCCAACGGCAAGAUGAAGCUAAAAUGUCAAGCGAGAAUACACCAGAUUUACGACGAAAGCAGUGAGCUGUACAUUGAGGAAGACCGGCCCCGGAUACUGGCGACCGGUUCAUCGAGUGGCCAUAACCUCAACCAACUGUACCAGAAUCCCGGGUACGAUGGCCCCGAGUUGACGGCGCAAAAUGACAUGUACCUAACGGUGAACGGAUACAAAGCGGAUAACUCGCCACCGUCGCCGUCGUCCGCCACCAAGCAGGUGGGAGUGUACGUGAAGGUUGGCUGGAUCGCAUUCUACGUCAGCACGAUCUGCACCGUGCUGCUGUACUCGCUGCGCGUGGGCAUAUCCUGACUGUACAACCUGAAGGAAGUGAUUAAAAUAUAAACGAGUGCCACGCGAUGCGACGAUGCCAUGCCAACGCCACCAGCCAGCAGCAUCAGUCCCAUGCUUGUAGCGCUUCCGCUGCUCAACACCAAACGGCACACCAACAUUGGGGUUUGGGUUUUGCAAAACAUUAGCCUUCCUUUAGAACUGUCGGUGACGUUUCCGGAGAUACAAAGCUAUGCAGGACUCUAGCUCUAGUGCAGUUCGGUUUUUAGGGUGUAUGGUUAGGGAAAUGAAAGCUUUCUUCAAUCAGAAGCUGAAAAAGGGGACGUAGUUCACGGAUUCACGAUGUUAAAUGGUUGGUCACAACGUGUUUGCGGGGGGUGAAAUAAUAAAUAAAGUGAGGUGUAUUUUUAGUCAGGGAAUGUAUAAAUCGAACAAAGUUCAAAUACUCGCAAGCGACUGAAAAGGGUGCGAUUUGAACGGAAGCUUACGGAAUAGCUAAGUCGAAAAAAUGUGGAAUAAAAACCUCAACAGAAGUACAUUGUAAAUAAGCUAGACAUAAGUAGCUUAAUUGAUGGCAGGAAUGGUGCAGUGAAGCCCACAUUGGAAACCGUAGCGAAUGUUUUGUUUUCCUGUGACCCAGGUCAAAGAUAAAAAAUCAAGGCGGUCCCUGACACAUUACGCAAGGUUUGCUGGAAACAGCUUUAGAGAAGAAGCGUAAAGCGAUAGCCAUAAAUUGCGAAAGCAGUGUAAAUAGCUUAUGUAAAACCCUUAAACGUAGUUUGGACAACAGGGCAUACCUUACGGACUGUAGUGAACAGUCGAAAGGACGCGAGGAAUCAGUUAAUUUUUAUAAUAAAU